AUGGUCUGUGUCGCUGUCGGCACGCUGUCGACAGGACGUCGAGCGACACCGGAGCUGCGGGUCAGCUCGACAGCUGGAGCUGUGUCGCCGGCGUGCGGCGGCCUGCCUCCGGAGGUGCCUCUGAGGGCUACAAUAGUGCCAGUGAGGCGGAGGCGCGAGUCGGAAGGCCGCGACCGUGAUUUGGCGACGCGGGAGGCGGCACGGCUGCACGAUCGGCUCAUCGGCGAGGCGUUCAACGAGCUCACGGCGGGGCGCUUGAGCUCGACGGCGCAGCGCAGGGCGGCGCUGCAGCAGGCGCGGCUGCCAGUCAAGCUCGGCGGCGCCGGCCUCACCUCCAUGUCGGCCGUCACCGACGCGGCGAUCGUGGUGGACGCGAUCCGACGCGCGGGCGUGGUCUUGCUGCCGGUCCACCUCGACGUCGCACGCCGCCAGGCGCGGCUGGUGGCGGCGCACGCCGCCCUCGACGCCAAGUACCAAGAGGACAAGAAGACGUACUAUUUCUACGACAAGACUGGCCGGGCCUACCGCAUCUACAACCCGAGAGGGCUGCCCCCGGCGCAUGCAUACCUUCCGCUUACUGAAUGGAGCUCGCGCAGCAAUCUUCUACAAAAACGCUCAGCGCCGAUACUCCGCGACGAUUCACCAUUCAGCCUGGAGGGAGAUGCAUGCGGCGGCGGGCCGCGCAGGGAGGAGGGAGCAGGUGCGCGCCGCUUCGGAUUGCACCUGUCGAUGAUGACGGACGUCAUGGCGGACAGCAUCUACAGCCAGCACGGUCUGCCCUUUGACGCCCUCGGCGACGUGGCGCAGAACGACGGCGCGGCGGGCCACCAGACGCGGCACAAGGAGGUCCUCCUGGACCUGGUCGAGCUGCUGCGGGGCAAGCUUGGGCGCGGCGCGGUGGAGCACGAGUUUCACUGCGAGCACAGCACUACGAGGACGGACCUGUACAUUUACCAGGGCGUGAUAGGGGACCUGCCCGGCAUCGGCGACACGAAGAUCUUUGCCAGUGUGCCGUCGGACCCCUCGGGGGCGGGGCGCAUGGGGGCGUUCGUCGCUUGCGGCAACACGCUGCCACGCGCCCGCGAGCCGGGUUUGGGCGUGGAGGGCGGGGACAGGGGCGGGAGGGUGGGGAGGUGGGACCCGCGGACGGGGUCCGGGACGGUCGAGGCCGUCAAGGGCCAGUACACGGACGCAGAGGGGAAGUGCCGUGUGGAGGCGCUGCUCUUCGAGGAGUUCGGCGCGAUGAGCGCGGGGGUGGAGGAGCUGCUGAGGCGGGUGGCUGAGGUGGCGGGCCGGAAGCUCACAUGGUGGCAGUACGACCAGACGUCGUGGUCGGCGCGCGAAUGGAUGCCGUUUGCGCUGCAGCGACUGUCGGUGCAGCUCUGGGUGGCGCUCGCGGACGAGGCACAGCGCGCCAUUGGUGCGGCGUCACGCGGCCGCGAGGGACCGCGGGGGAAUGCUAGUGGGAUGGGGGGCUCUGAGGGGAAGGGAGCGGGGGGCGCCCAGUAG